AUGGCAGCCUUGUUCACAGGGUACGGAUACCAACCGAGAGUGGUUGAUGACCUGGACGAUAUCGAUGCAGACCUCUCCAACUCCAUGGAAUGGGCUCUUUCUGAGAUCAGACGAAUACAAACAGCCGCCAGAAGUGGCAAUCCCAUAAUGAAACCACGUUGGCCAGUGCUGAUUCUCCGUACUCCGAAAGGAUGGUCUGGACCCAAGAAAGUCCACGGUCAGAUCGUCGAAGGCUCUUUCAAGGCACACCAGGUUCCUCUACCAAAGGCCAAGACCGACUCCGAAGAACUGAAACUGCUCCAAGAAUGGCUGGAGUCAUAUAAGCCGAAGGAACUCUUCAAGGACAAUGGUGAUGUGGUCGACGAUAUUAAGUCGACCAUCCCUGAGAAUCCAGACCGCCGUCUCGGCCAGAAGAAAGAAGUCUAUGGGGCUUAUCGAGGGCUAAAGCCCAUUGACUGGCACAAAUUUGCAGUGAAAAAGGGCACCUCGGAGAGCUCCAUGAAAACAGUCGGCAAACUCCUCGAGCAGAUCGUCAAAGACAAUCCCACGACCUUCAGGAUCUUCUCUCCCGACGAGUUCGAAUCCAACAAGCUGGAUGCAGUCUUGAAUUCUACGAAUCGCAACUUUCAGUGGGACCAAUUCUCCAAUGCGAGGGGCGGCCGUCUGAUUGAGACGCUUUCCGAACACCAAUGUCAAGGUUGGUUACAGGGCUACACGCUCACGGGUCGAGUUGGCCUAUUCCCAAGCUACGAGGCUUUCCUCGGUAUCAUCCACACCAUGAUGGUCCAAUAUGCCAAAUUCGGCAAGAUGGCUCGUGAGUCAAAAUGGCGUGACGACAUUGCUAGCAUUAAUUACCUCGAAACGUCGACUUGGACACGGCAAGAGCACAACGGCUUUUCGCAUCAGAACCCAAGUUUCAUCGGCGCGGUAUUGAACCUGAAGCCACAUGCUGCAAGAGUCUAUUUUCCCCCCGACGCAAAUACUUUCCUCUCUACAAUGGCACACUGCCUCCAAUCGAAGAACUAUGUCAAUCUGAUGGUGGGCUCCAAACAACCUUCCGCCAUUUUCCUCUCGGCGGACGAGGCGGAGAACCACUGCCGUGCUGGUGCGUCCGUCUGGAAAUUUGCGUCCACAGACGAUGGACUGAACCCGGAUGUGGUAUUGGUUGGCAUCGGAGCGGAAUUGACCUUCGAGGUCAUUGCCGCAGCAGAUUUGCUUCGGUCCAAGAUGCCCGAGAUGCGCGUGCGGGUUGUCAAUGUCACGGACCUCAUGAUAUUGGGGGCGUCUAGUAGCCACCCUCACGCUUUGACAGACGACGCUUUCGACGCUCUAUUCACCGAAGACGUUCCCAUCCACUUCAACUAUCACGGCUAUGCGAAUGAACUUAAAGGGCUGCUGUUCGGGCGGCCCAACAUGCAGCGUGUUACCAUUGCAAGCUACAAUGAAGAAGGAUCCACCACCACACCUUUCAAUAUGAUGCUUGUAAACGCCACUAGUCGGUACCACGUGGCCAUGCAGGCUAUCAAGGGCGCAGCGAAACGGAAUGAGAAAGUCAGGUUGAGAACACACGAGCUGACGAGCGAAUUGACGGGAAUGAUCAGCAAGACACAGAAAUACAUCAUGGAAGAGAAAACUGAUCCGGAUUACCUUAAUGACAUCGGGAAUUUCAAGAUUGAUACGGCUUCGAUGAGUGAAGGGUAA